GCGAGGGGCCACCGGGCGGAGUAAUCGCACUGGUAUCAAUCGAGCGUGUGCACGUGCGUGCAUGUGCGUGUAUUUGUGAGUGAGGGUGUGCUCCUGCUCCUGCUGCUGCUGCUGCUGCUGCUGCUACUGCUGCUGCUGCUUGUCACUCAUUGUUGCGCGCACACGGGCAGCGACAAGGAGCACCGAGCGAAAUCCGCCCGCUGGCUGUUGUUGUUUACCAGCAUUUUAAUAAACGAGGAGAAUAUCAGUUGAGUCGCUGUUAAAGAUGCUUCAAAUAAGGGACAUCCUCUGUGGAUUCCUCUACAUCGCCUGCGCAGCUGCCAUCCAGGUGCAGGUGACUCCAACACACAGGGAGAUCAGUGUGGGAGAGUCCAAGUUUUUCCUCUGCGAAGUGGUGGGAGAUGCUAAAGACAUAGACUGGUUUGCACCCAAUGGGGAAAAGAUCCUGCCGAACAACCCCAACAUCCAAGUGAGCCGCAACGACGAAACCACCUCCACCCUCACCAUCUACCACGCCGACGUGGACCACGCCGGCAUCUACAAGUGCGUGGCGAAGAACGGCGACAAGGAGGCCCAGGCCACGGUCCAAGUCAAGAUCUUCCAAAAGAUCACCUUCAAGAAUGUUCCCAGCCCGCAAGAGUUCAACGAGGGCGAUGAUGCCGACAUCAUCUGCGAUGUGGUCGGUUCGCCGGUGCCCUUCAUCCUUUGGAAGCAUAAAGGUGCCAGGAUCCAGGUCAACAAAGACGUGCGAUACAACGUGAUGGAGAACGGCCACCUGCUGAUCCGCGGCAUCAAGAAGACCGACGAGGGAGCGUACAACUGUGAGGCGCGCGUCAUGGAGACGGGAGAGAUCAACUUCAAAAUAAUCAACGUCGUCGUUAACGUCCUUCCGACCAUUCGCGCCAGGCAGACCGAGGUCAACGCCACGGCCGACACGGGCGGCUCCACCCUCUUGGCCUGCGACGCCGAUGGCUUCCCCGAACCCACCGUCACGUGGACCUACAACAACGUCAUCCUUGAGUCAGGCGAUAAGUACAGUCUGAAUGAGGACGGCUCCGAGCUGGUGAUAAAAGAUGUCAUCAAAGUGGAUGAAGGAGAUUACACCUGCAUAGCCAGGAACAAGGCGGGCGAAAUGACCCAGGAAGUCAGUCUCAACGUGUUCGUGCAAGCUAAGAUUACUUACCUGAACAACCAGACGGCGACCGAGUUCGACGAGGAAGUCACCCUUACCUGCGAGGCCUCGGGUGACCCGACGCCCUCCAUCUCCUGGAGCUUCCAAAACAGGAUGUUCUCCGAAGGCGAGCAGGCUUCGUGGACGCGACCCGACCAAUACGAGAGCCACGACAGAAACAUCGUGGUGCGCAGCCACGCCCGGGUAUCAUCCCUACUCUUGAAAAACGUUGACUUCACGUACGCUGGACAGUACCUGUGCACCGCCAGCAACUCCAUUGGUCAGGACAACCAGCCCGUGUACCUGGAGGUUCGCUACGCUCCAAAGAUUAUGGGAGUGGUUACGGUGUACACGUGGGAGGGAAACCCGGCAAACAUCAGCUGCGAGGUGGAGGCCCACCCUGGAGCUUCUGUCACCUGGUUCCGAGACGGCCUCCAGGUACCCUCUGACAACACCACCAAUGUGAAGCGCUAUAGCACGCCGAGCAUCAGCUACUUGGAGGUUUUCCCUGAAUCUCAUAGUGACUUUGGAAGCUACAACUGCACAGCAACCAACGUGAUGGGUAUCGAGUCCAAGGAGUUUCUCCUCAUCCAAGCAGAGGUGCCAUCAUCGCCAGAGAUCCAACGACUGGAGCCUUUCUCCAGCUCUGCUGUGGUGGAGUUUGACGAGCCAGACUCUUCCGGAGGAGUGCCCAUUAUCAAGUAUCGGGUAGAAUGGCGCUUGGACGGCCAGGACUGGACUGGAAAGGAGUACGACGCCACAGAAGACUUGACCAAGAUCACCAUUGUCGGCCUGAUGCCAAACACGAUCUACGAGGUCAAAAUGUCCGCCAUCAAUGGCAAAGGAGAAGGCGAGAGCAGCGCCGCCGUCAAGUUCAAGACCGGACCAAUCCGCCUUUCUUACACACCAUCAUCAGAGGCUCCGCCCCUUAUUGUCACCACCAGUAUGGCACUUAGGGAACCCAGCGCUCCGAAACUGGAGGCCAUGGUCCAAAAUCAGGGCAACGCUCUUAAGGUCAACUGGAUCAAGCAGGACGACGGCGGCUCCCCGAUUAAGCAUUACCUGGUCCGAUACAAGGCUAAGCACGUGUCCGACUGGAAACCCGAGAUCCGCAUGCCCCGCGGCAGCGACUAUGUGGUGCUGAGCGAGCUGGACUGGAAUACGGAGUACGAGGUCCGUAUUGUGGCCGUGAACCAGAAGGGCAAGUCCGAGGCCGGCGUUCUGUCAUUCAGAACGGCCACAGAACCCACCACCGUGCCAGGCGCGUCCGGCUCGGGCCUGAGCACGGGCGCCAUCGUGGGCAUCCUCAUCGUGGUCUUCUUCGUGCUGCUGGUGGCCGUGGACCUCACCUGCUUCUUCCUCAACAAGUGCGGCCUCCUCAUGUGCAUCGCCGUCAACUUCUGCGGGAAGUCCGGCCCGGGCGCAAAGAGCAAGGACAUCGAGGAGGGCAAGGCCGCCUUCACGAAGGAUGAGUCCAAGGAGCCCAUCGUGGAGGUGAGGACGGAGGAGGAGCCAACACAGAACCAGGAGGGAGUCGUAGCCACGGAGCCCAACGAGACCACGCCUCUGACAGAACCUGAGCCCGCCGCCGCUGACAUCGCCCCUUCGGCGGUAAACGUGCAUCCCUCCAAUGCUACUAAUUCGGUCGUGGAGAGCUUUAGGGCGGCGCAGAACAGCCCGGCUUGCGCCCCCAGCCCCACCAAAGACCACCCCCCGAAAAGCAGCCCCGCCGCACGGUCGGGUGCGGUCGAAAGCCGACCCGAAGUCGGCCCGCUGGUCGACCUGAGCGACGUCCCUAAAGCCGCCCUCGCCUCAGAGCCGGUCAGCGCUAACGGCGACGGGCCGCGGAAGCAGCGUGAGGCCCCCGAGAGCCCCCCAAGUCAAGUAGACGGCUUGACUAAGGACUCGCCUCACGUCACAGAUGCCACCACGCACCCCCAAAAUGACGGGAAAACGAAGGACGACGUCAAGACGGAGGCGAACAACACCGCGGCCGAGGUGAAGACGGUCCCCAACGAGGCGCCCCAGACCAACGGCAACGAGAGCAAAGCGUAAUCGGGAAGACCCAGAGGGUCGGGGUUGGUUUUUGAGGGUCAAAGUGGGUGGGCGGGGUGGUUGGUGGGUUUUAGGGUCACAGUCACUGAAACCUCGACAUCAUUUUCUCACGGCAAGCCCGCCAUCCCAACGGAAAAGAAAAACGGUAAAACAGUCAUGAAAUGGGUUCUAGUGUCUUUGGACCAACAAAAUGUAAAAGACUUUGUUGCCUUAGGUCGUUUUUAAAAAGAAACAGUUCUAGUCAAUUGCCCUCUCGCAGGAAUGAGUGUUAGGGCCACGCAGAAAUGGGGACAAAAAAAAAAAAGAAAAUCGUCAAAAAAAAAAAAAAAAAAGUAAAAGUGAAAAAACUGUUUGUAACGUUACAGGAAUAAAAUCAUCAUUUUACAAGUUGUAGUACCGUGAGGAGAAAAAAAGUCCCAAUCUUACAAGAAUAAAUAUAAUGUCACAGAAACGUCAGCAUAUGGGAAAGUCACAAUUUUACGAGUUGAACGUUGUAAUAUCACAAGUAAGAAUUGAUCAUUUUACAAGAAGACUAAAGUUGCAAUAUGUUUAAGUUGUAAUAUUCUCUUAAAAAAUAAGUUGUCAUUGUACAAGAAAAAGCGCAAUUUUACGUGAAAAAAAUGGUACACAAGAAAAACAUUUUGCAAUAAAAAGUUGUAAUUCUUUCUGAAAAAGUCAGAAUUUUACAAGUUUUAACUUGUACUAUAUCGCAAAAAUAAAGUUGUCAAAUUGUCAUUUUGGAAGGGGGGGAAAAAAAUCACAAUUUUAUGUGAAAGAGGUUGUAAAUUUAUGAGAACAAAGCUAAAAAGUUUUUAAAAAAAGUAAAUUUUUCAAGAAUAAAAAUCAGCAGGGAAAAAUUGGACUUAUUAUUAUCUUAUUUAAAAUAUUUUCAUAUCAUUUCGUAAUGUUACAAAAAACAAAAACAUUUUCGUCAUUUUCAUUUUGUCAUGUUUUUUUCUUGUGAAAGCCUUGUUGGUAAUAUUACAAACUCAGGUCUCGUAACAUUGCGACUUUCUCGCUGAGCUAUUCCGUCUUAUUCCACGUAUGUUUAUUAUUGAAUUUUUCCGUUCUGCGUGGCCCUGUAACGCUCUUUCGCACCAUCACAGAUGCGAACUAGAUUCUGUAGAAUUGGACUCUGUUGGACUGUAGCUUUACUUCACAGAUAAUUGCCUUCACGUAAAAAAACGCGUUGCCGUAUUCAUGCGAUUCGUGUGACUUGGGAUUGUGGCUCUUUAUUGCCCAUCUGUUGUUGUGUUAAUGAAUUAUGUGCAGACAUUAUUGCCUAUUUAGCUUUUUUUUUUUUUUUUUUUUUAGUGUUUUGUUUGCCAACUUUAGUAAUUAGUGUUAGCAUGCCUGGUUUUGUUUGUUUGUUUGUUUGUUUGUUUUUGCAAAAUUACUGUAUUUCUGUACAUGUUGCUGUCAUUGGGUUCUUAUUGUGAUAAUGUUAUUAUAAUGAAGUUUUUUUUCCAAGGAUUCCGACAACGUAUGAUUCAAUUAGAUGAUGCUUACAUGAUGAGAAAAAGAAGGCGAGAUGGGAGAAAGUUGUUGUAGUUCAUGUUGCCUAAAAAAAAAAUAAAAAAAAAAAAGAAAAGACAAAAAUCUGCGCUAGUGCAACUCUUGACAUAUGGCGUCCAUACUUAAUACAGUAUAAAAUGACCUUGGAUUUGCAAAGUUCGGGUUUUUCUGUGACGUGUUUUCUGCCAAAACAUUUCACUGACAGCGCCAUUCAGUUUCCGACGUCGGAUUUUUACGAUCAAGUUUUUGAAUUUUUGUUGCGUCAGCUUCGACCACCGACUUGUUAUUUGGUUCCGAACUUGGAUUUGCUGUGGAUAUCUCCUCUGACGCACAUUAUUAACAUCUUGCUAACGUCGGGCAACCAAACUGUUGUUUUUUUGUUGUUUUUGUUGUUUUUCUACAUGUGACGUGACAUGUAUUUUUUGAUUAGUGUGGUUGGCCCUUGCGUUCAACAAAUAUUGAUUAUCUUCAGACGCAACGUGGUAAUUUAAAAAGUAAACAAUUUGGGGGGUUUGUUUAAAACACGCUAAAUAAAUAAUCCCUUAGAACGCAGAGCAAACCAUGUAGCCGCAAAUUUUUAUUUUCUUAAUUUAUCCCAAAAAUUAAAACAAUCUUUUGUUGUCUUUCAGAUAAGAAAAAUUCCUAAAUUUAGCAAUGCAUGGUAUUCAAUAGAGAGCGGUGAAAUGGCAAAAUUUGUAAAUUGGUCUCUAGCCAUUGAUCAUUUUUAACGUCUUCAAAAGUUGCAAAUAAAAAAAAAAAAGACGAUGCUAGCUAACGGCAUUCAAAACAAACUAAUACAUUGCAAUGAAAAGCGUGUAUUUCCAAUUUUGUUGUUUUAUCCUAAGAAUGGUUUGUACUUUGUUUUCAGACAAUAAAAUUCACAAAAAAAAAUGUUGCAACACAUAAAAGGGCAAAUUUUGUAAAUUGGUCUCCGUCUACAGAGUUUUUCAAGUUUUAGUUUUAUACCAAAAACAGGGGGGGUGGGAAUUAUUGGACAAGAACAAUAAUGAAAUGUGACAAUAUAUGGUUUUCAAGAGAUAGCGACGUAAACAUCACAAAGCAAAAUUUGUGAAUGGGUCUCUUCGUGUAAACUAUUUUUUUGUCAUUUUUAAUGAAUCUUGUUUAGUCACUAAAAAUGUAUUUAUUGAAUUUAAAAAACGCUAGCUAACGGCAUAAAAAAAAAUUUCACGUCACAAAUAAAAACUAUUUUAAGACAAGAAAUUUGUGGAUACAUGGCUUUCACUAGAUAGCGAGGAAAUGUCAGAUAGUAAAAUUCGUAAAUUGGUCUCCGCGUGGAAACAUUAGUUUGUUGUCAUUUUAACGAAUUGUGUUCAGUCAUAAAACCUAUUUAUUGAAUACAAGCUAAAGCUAGCUAACAUCAUUUUCAAUAAACACAAAAAGAAAGGAAAAAAAAAACAAAAACAAAAGCACCAAACUUAUUUUGCUGUUGUUUUUUAACAAGAAAAAAAAAUCACAAUUUGGAGAUACGUGGUUUUUGGUGGAGAACAAGGAAAUGCCUCAUACUGUAUCGGGAAAUUUGUUAAUUGGAUGCAAACUUUUGUCGGCAAUCCCUGUUAUUUUAGCUGCGCUAUUAAACGGACUAGUAGGCCUAUCCCAAUUUUCCUGUCCACACUCCACACAUUUGGCCUUGUUAAAAAAAAAAAAAAAAACUUUUUUUAUGUUUUGUUUUUUGUAAAUGAGUGUGAUCACGUUGUUGUUUGUUUACUGUACAGAGUUGAUCCUUCUCUUAGACUGCAACUGUGAAUGUGCGAGUCCAUUGUGGCUUUUGUCCCCAGCCCCGCCUCCUUCACAGAAUUUGCAUUGCUAGCAUACGUAGCCGCGCAGUACACACACGUAGACGUGAGAAAACUGGAAACGACACAGUGCCUUUGAAUAUGACCACAAUGGCGUGCAUUCCCAUUUCUCUCUUUCUUUUCUUGUUGUUUUUUGUUUAUUUAAUAUUCGUGUUUUGUUGACAAUAUAAUAUUCCAAAAUAGAUGCAUCUUGUAUAUGUGAUGGGUUCUUGACACUGUCCCUCCGUGGAAGGAGAAUUCUUCUGAGUCCUGUUUUUUUUUUUUUGUGGGUACCAUCCAUCCAUUUAUUGCAUUACACUUAAAGGUGUAUCUGAAUAAAUUACAAUAUUGUGGAAAACUU